AUGCCUGUGUGGGAGAUGCUAAAAGAGAAGUGCCAUGCUAUAAUUUGCGGCAACCGAUCCAUCCAUCUUGUGACGGAGCUGAUUUUACCGGCCACCGUUCAAGCUUGUGCAAGAAAUGUUGGUUCAUUGGCUUUUGUGGACCACUCUGGCGUUCGUGACUGGAAGUUCGAUCUUCAUCGACGGAGAAUCUGCGAGGAAGAGAAGGAAGAAGAGAGAUUAAUCUCCACCGCCACCUCGAAUCCACCCUCUUUCGCAUUCUCUUAUCUCGUGAAUUCAUGUGGGUUGUCCCCGGAAUCGGCAUUGUUCGUUUGCAACCGCGUCGCCUUCGAAACCUCCGCGAGACCCGACGCGGUCAUUAACGCCUUGAAGAGCCAUGGUUUCUCUCAAUCCCAGAUUUUGGAUAUGAUUAGGAAGUGGCCUCCGCUGAUUUUGGCGAGUCCUGAGAGGACCCUCUUGCCCAAAUUGAACUAUCUGCGCUCUGUCGGCUUUUCCGGCUCUGACCUGGCGAGAAUAAUCACUGCCUCUCCCUACUUGUUGCAUAGGAGCUUAGAGAAGCAACUCAUCCCCAAUUUCGGUAGGCUUAGGGAGUUUCUCCUGUGCGAAAAGUAUGCGGUUACAGCUAUUAGAGGCAAUCCGAGAAUACUGUCACAUGGUUUCGAGGCUACAAUUGAUCCCUUCGUCAAGAUUUUGAGAGAGAACGGAGUGCGUGAAUCACGCAUUGUGUGGUUAGUUAAGUGUCAGUCUAGGAUGAUGAUAAAUCAGCACAAUCACCUCGAGGAAAUUGUGGAGAAAACCAUGGGGAUGGGCUUUGAUGAUCCUUCUGCGCUAAAGUUCUCUGUGGCUAUGUUAGCGGUCGCGGGGAUGAGCGAAUCAACAUGGGAGAGGAAAUUCGAUGCUUAUAGCCGGUGGGGUUGGUCUAGAGAUGAUGCCAUGAGAGCUUUUGUGAAGUGUCCUGGGUGCAUGACGUCGUCGGACGAAAAAAUAAUGUCAGUGAUGGGAUUCUUUGUCAAGGAAAUGGGGUUUGAAUCUUCAUUUGUUCUGCGACAUCCUUGGUUGAUGUCGCUGAGCUUAGAAAAAUGGAUUCGACCUCGAUGUUUGGUUUUUAAACAUUUGUCGUGGCAUGGUUUGACGAAGACGAAGGUUGGUUUGACUACCCUGUUGAAAAUUUCGGAAGAUGAUUUUCUGGAGAAGUUUGUGACCCCUCAUCUCGAGGAAGCUCCGGAAUUGCUGGAUAUAUAUCAGGAGAAGAAGCAUAUGGCGAUGAGGUUGCUGGUUCCAUGAAGUAGCACAAGGUACCGAAUAAUUCAUUUGUCCCUCUUUCAUUUUAGGUAGACAUAGUGUUUAUUUUGUGUCUCUAGUUUUGGCUGUCGAUUCUUUCGAACUGUGUCG